AUGUCUAAAAAAAUAAAAUAUUUGGAAAGAACUCAGAGGGACUUAGUGCAUUCCAAGUUUAUUAUUGAUCAACGAUACACUUAAACUCUUAAGCCUCAAAUAUCAGAUUGGUUUAAAAAGAUGAAACCACUUCCAGGCCUUUCAAGAAUAUUUUAAGAUUACAAUAAACGCUACUUUACUCUAAAUCUCCUUGAAAUUACACUCUACUAUUCCAACAAAGAACGAUACUCUCUUAAUGAUAUCACCUAUAUCCCCUUUGAAGAAGUACAGUCUGUUUCUGAUAAACCACAUUAUGCUCUCUCCAAUUAAGGAGUUGAGUGGAAAGAAGCCUUUGGAUUUACGAUUUAUUUGACCGACAAAUACAUUGUUUUAGUGGCAUAAUCAAAUGAAAUUUACAUGCUCUGGCUAAACUAUUUCGAAGCAAUUCGAUACAGAUCAAAUGGAAAAAGUAUUCUGUAAAGACAAAGAACCCCCUAUUAUUCCAACCUUUUUGCCAUCAAUCUCGCAGACUUAAAAAACACCUAAUUCUCAUCUCAAGAAUUGAAAUUAAAGAAAGAACAAUCCUAUCCAGAAACUAAAGAUCUUGAUAAACCCAUAUAUUAAUCGAAAGAAGACAAGCAACUAGCACAAACCCCUAAUAAUGAAGAUAUCACAUAACCUUAGUAAUCAGGUAACUAAGGUUCCAAUCUACAACUAGACGAAUUAAAAAAUUAAGAAUAUUGCAUAAAUUCUUAAAAUCUUUCUCAAGAAUAGAACUAAAUAGAGAUCCAAGAAAAAGAAUCCUCUUCAGAUCAUCAAAAGAUAGAGAAUAACAAACUUAUCAUUGAGAAAAAUAUAGAAUUAAAAGCAGUAAAUAUGGAUUUUUUAGAAUAAGAAACCAGCUAAAUUAUUUUCAAAGGGGAAUAAAAUGAACAAAUAAUUUAAUUAUCCAUGUAUGAUUAAAUACUCUAAAAAGAAGAUGAAGAAAAACUUAGUUAUUUACCAUUACCUAAAAGAUUAGAUAAGAUAAAAAAGAAACCAAGUUUAAAUAGCCAUUAAUAACCAAUUAAAUAUGCUUAAAAAAAAACUAUUACAAAUAUUUGGGGAGCAUCUGAAAAUGAUGCCAAUGAUGGAGUAAAUCAUUUUGGAAAUAUUAAAAAAAUUGAUUAAGCGCCUAAGUAGAUCCAAUCAUUAUUUCUCAACAUCCAAGAUGCUCAUGAUUAAAUUGAAAGUGACUAGGUUGACCAGCCUGAAUUAUUAGUUAAAUUUGACGAAUUAGAUUCAUCAAGAUGGGCAGAGUAAUAAUGA